AUGGCACCGUUAAAAGAUCUAGGCCUAGGCCAAGUCCUCGCCCGAGCCCUCUCCUCAUCAACACUCUCACAGCCACCAACUCUCGUCUCCCGCCAAACCGUCGAAACCGUCACCGUCACUGUGACAAACGAUGGGAACAACAACCCAAACCUAAGCGCCGGCGCAAUCGCGGGCAUCGUCAUUGGUUCCGUCUUUGGGGUUCUCCUCCUUCUCUGGAUCGUUCGCUCGUGCCUCAAUCUGGGUGCGCCGCCGCAAGAGAGGGAGAAGUGGUAUCACUAUAAGGAGGAGCCUCGGCACCAUCAUCACCGCUCGCGAAGCACACGGUCCCAUCGGUCGAGCAUUUCUGCGCCGCCGCCUCUUGUUGUUAGGGAAUCGAGAUCGCGAAGUCAUCGAAGAGGAAGGUCUCCUGGGCAUCAUGGUCGGGAUCGCAGCACACGGUAUUAUGUCUAG